AUGGAAGUUCCAUAUGUGGAAGCUGAACUAGAGGAUGCUAAUAUUAUCAGGGACUGCUCAAAGGGGACGCCAAUCCCAAACAGACCAGACAGAGAGUCUGUAUUGGUUCGAGGGGUCAUUGUUGAUAUCUCAGGCCGAACAAUCAAUAGAAUGUUGUUUGGGCCUGGAUACGAGGCUCCACCCGCUGUCCCUGAUUUUGAUGGUGGUGUUGGUGGUCUUGGUAGUUGUAUUGGUGACGUUGGUGGUCGUAGUAUUAUUGGUAGACUCGGUGGCAUUGGUGGUGGUCUUGGUAGUCUCGAUGGCACUGGUGGUUGUGUUGGUGGUUUUAGUGGUGGUAUUGGUGGCAUUGGUGGUGGUGUUAGUGGUCUCAGUGGCAUUAUUGGUUAUCUUGGUGGUCUUACUAGUGGUGUUGGUGGUCUUAGUGGUGGUGUUGGUGGUCUUAGUGGUUGUAUUAUUAGCGUUGGUGGUAGUAGUGGUGGUCUCAGUGGAAUUUUUGCUGGUAUUGCUGGUCCAUUUAUUGCAACAGGAUCAAGUACGUGGGGGAUGUACAGAUUAAAAGGGGUUAAAAGAUGGAUGAAAUUUGGAUCAACUAUAGCGGCAUGGCAGUUUGUUUUGGCAUGA